UGAUUUUUUGAUACAAGUGAAUAUCGUUUUCUUAAAUAGUAAAAGAAUAAUUAAUAAAACUAAAAAAUUCACAAUGUUUCGAAAUAUUUUACAAGAAUUUAAUAAAAUGAUUGAUUAAAUAUUUAAAAAGAGAAGAAAAGGGAAAUCUCGAUGACACGUAUCUAUCGAUAAAGAACGUUCAGUAUCGACUUUUGUAUUUGCACGUCUAAGGGUUUCUGACUACCUGUGUGCAUGUGUACGCGUGUCCUCGGUAGAAAUAGUUGAUGACGCCGUGUGUUAGUAAUAUCGUGUGUCGCAAAAUAUAACCUCACAAUAAAAUGCUCGAAUCCUUAUCGGUGUCAUUAAAGGUCCCGUUCUUGAGAAGAAUUUGAUUUUACACAUUCGUUUUGGUUUACGGACGCUUCGGCGUGCACAUUACAUCAUGAAAGUUAUCGUGAAGAAGCUUCAAGGAAAAGAAUGCGUUGUUGACAUUACACCUUCGGAUACAGUUCUUCAGUUAAAGCACAAAGUCAGCGAUCUUUUGGGUAUAGAUGUUCCACAUCAGAGACUGUUGCUUACGGGCAAGGCAUUAGCUGAUGAAAAUCCAUUAAGUUUUUAUCCAGGAAUCAAAGAUGGAAGCAAGUUAAAUCUUUUGGUUAUUAAAAAAACAGAGGAAGGAUCUAGUGAGGGAAAAGCUUCACAUAGCAAGUCUGGCAUGUAUCUCUUACGAGAUGAAAUUUCUAGAGUUCUGAGGCAUUAUUAUACAGAAUCAGAAACAGAGUCAAUAAUCAAUGAGUUGAUAAAAGACCUAAAGAAUAAAGUGAAUAAUCUUAGUUAUGAUGACUUAGAAAGAUUAGCAACUGCACUUCUUCAGGACCAAGAGAAUAUAGCUUAAGAAUAAACUUCGGUUUUUCAAUUUCUCACUUAUUAUUUGAUUAUUGUAAUACACUUUUAUUUAAUUAAAAAAUGUUGCCUCAUUGUACCCUAAUAACCAGUAGUAUAUUUUAAGUAAAGGGAAAGGUGUGCAAAAAAAUAAUACAAAUGUAUUAAAAGGUCGAUUUUAUUAAAUCAUACACAAAGUAAAUAAUUUAAAUUGCACUUUAAUAAAAAUUAGAUGGUUUUAAGGAUCGGCCAAAUCCAAUUGACGGAAAUAUCUCGCAACUAGACAUAUAAAUAAAUUCAGUGCUCCUAUUUCAUGUAUUUCCAGUUUCUUCUAAAAAAAUAAACGAAAAAAAAGAAUAAAAAA